GACGCCGACUGAUCUUUAUGUAGGUGAUGGAUCGAUAUUGGACUUCUGUUGGAUCUUUCUCCGAAGUUCUCUCAGGCCUCGGACAAGUGUAGAACCAAUGAAUAUGUUGUACAGGUGGGUAUCAUAUCAAAACUUUUUCAUGACGAUUUCGCUUGCCGCCCCAGUCGUAGCUAUGAACCUUGACGAACGGCAGAGCAUAUAUCCAAACAUUGCACCGCUGAUUCUAUCGUUGCCACUUUCUUUACAACAAUUUGAUGUUUACGGCUUAUCUCACAGGGUUAAAUUUACCAUGAAUGCGUCCGCCCACGGUGUCGGAGCUAUAGGCCGCUAUGGCGAGGAAAGGAAACCGAGAAUUUGAAUAAGGGUCUCCUGUGCCUUGGUUGUUGACCUUCAGAUCUUAACAACAAAGGUACAUACGCUUUUUGUUUUUCGUUCACGCUGUCUUUUCUC